AUGAGUGAGAUACUAGGUUUUCGUCAUUCCCAUGAGGCCUGGCUUGCUCUUGAAGCCUCAUUCUCGCACCAAUCAAAGACUCGAGAACUGCAACUCAAGGAUGAACUCCAGCUGAUGCAACGUGGCUCUCAGUCCAUUGCUGAGUUUUCUCGCACCUUUAAAGGUCUAUGCAAUCAACUGGUUGACAUUGGUUGUCCCAUUGAUGACAUGGAUGACGUCCACUGGUAUUUGCUUGCAUUGGGAUCCUACUACAAGAUCUUUUCUACCACCAUGAUGUCACAACUUUCACUACCUUCUUUUGCAGAGAUUGUUCCAAAAGCUUGGAGUCAUGAGAUCUUUGAACGAUCUUUUUCUCAGUCGUUUUCCAACUCUGCCUAUUUUGUGCAGCAGACUUCCAAAGUGGCAGGAAAUAAAAAAGUGAAGCAUCGGUCUUCAACCUCUUCUACACCUUUUGCCAAUUCGAAGUCAUCAUCCACCUCCUCUGUCCACUAUCGGUUGUGCAACAAGGAGGGCCACUUGGCCAAACGUUGCCGGAGCUUCUUGAAACUCAAGUAG